GGAUAUGGAUAAAUAAUGCUUUUUAUCAACAGAUAAUUUAUAAUUAUUAUCGAGUAGUUAUUACAGCUUUAAUAGUAACCUUUUUAAAGUUUACUAUGUAAGGAAGUUCUACGGAUACGGAGGAGAAUUAAGACACGUACUAUGACAUUCUAUUUGAUGUUUACAUGAUGUAUAGUCCAAAUAAUAAUCUUAUAUGUCUACGCCGUAAGUUCUACGAUUUCAUUUUUUUUUACAUUUUGCUUUUGAUUCGUAUUCAUUUCUAGGAUUUGCUUAAAGAACACGAAACUGUAAUAUUUGUUAAUACGUAAAUAAAAGUGAAUUUUAGUUGAUCAAUAUAAGAGUACUGAGUGAGCUUAAUUGUCGAGUGUGUAGUUUCGCGAGAGAGAGCGAGAGAGAGAGAGAGAGAGAGAGAGAGAGAGAAAGGAAGACAGACAGAGAGAGAGAGAGAGAACGAGGGAGAGAAAGGUGGGGAGAACACGCAUGCAAAUCUUUUCGUUGCAAAAAAAAAUGGGCGAGUGUCGGACGAUACAACCAACGUUCACAGUUUUUACAAAUUUGAUAUUGCAACGAUUUCAAAACGAGACGUCGAUGUUAGUAUACUGUUAACGAGCAUUCACAUUAACUCAUAUGUAACUCUCUUCAAUUAGAUUGUAAUGAAAAAGAGACCGCAAUUGUCGAUUCCGUCUGUUAAAAAAAAGAGACACAUUAUUUAUGCCGAUUAUGACAUGUACUGUACAGUUACAAAGUUAAUGCGAAAAGAAAAGCGCGAUGCAUAAAUUUCAUGGAGACACGAAUCACACUUUUAGAAAUAUACUUUACAUUUUUGCAUUGUGGAUAGAGGUCAUCGUUAUAAAUUAUUUCUCUUGCGAGGGAUAUAGAAACACAAAGCGUUCUCAUGAAAGUGCUACUAAAAUAUUUGCCACUUAGCGUGUGCGCUAUUCAUGGGGAUUAAAUUGUUUUACCGUAAAUCGUCAAAAACCGCAUCGAGAAUCGCUGAUACGUGAAGUAAAUAACUACCGAAGGAAAAAAAACACAAUCGCAUACGUUCUAAACGUAUUUCAAUGUGCACUGAGCAUCGCUUGUCAAAUUCACUGACAAGUGUGAUCGAGAAUCCAACGAGACGACAGGUUAGACACCACUGGAAUAUUAUUCUCGUUAUCAAAACAGUAUUAGGACCGUGAUGUAAUAUUAAUAAUUUUCAAAUACAUAUUAUGAAAUGGUUACUAUGUGUCAUCAACAGAUAUUUGCUCUUGACGCCAAGUAUAAUGCACAACGCGUAAACAAGCUACCUUGUCUAGGAAUGCUUUACAUACGACGUAGAAAUCAAUUAUUGAAAGAAAAAUUUUGUAAAGAUCCAAAAGUCUGCGAAAGGUAUUUGAAAUUAAGAGCAAAAUUAUUGUUUUUACGAUACGGUGAAAGUUUGGAACAAAAUAGUCUUGGAAGUCAUACAACCGAAGAGGAGAAGUCAGAGACCAAAACAAAAUUAUGUAGUAUACAAAGAAAAUCGAUAGCCGAGAAUUUUGCAUUUGAUGGAGUGCAUCAUGUUUUUGAUCAACAUAAUGCACCCGUAACAAUGCUAAAAUUUGCGAACAAUGACAAAUCAAAAUUGUGUUGCGCAUCGUUAGAUGGACUAUUAUCGAUAUGCGAGACUAUUAGCACGCCACCUAAAGUAAUUGCAUUACUGAAAGGUCAUAAGAAAGGAGUUACUGCACUAGAUUGGAGUAUCAGUAAUGAUCUCAUAGUUUCAUCUUCUUUGGAUAGUACUAUAAGACUGUGGAACGUCGCUACAGAAACUAGACCGGCUUUCUUACGGGAAGUUAAGGAUCAACAGAGAGCAGAAGUAUUAUGUUGUGGAUUUAUACCUAUAAACAAUAAUUUGGUUGUGGCUGGCAACUCGCAGGGAUAUGUACAGGUCUUAAAUAUUUCUACUGGUAUAUAUACACGUGGUGGAUCUUGUAAAAUUGGAGGGAAAAUUUUAUCAUUAACUUGCGAAGGUAGCGGUGGUUUAGUGAUAUGGGCUGGAAACGAUAGAGGAAUUAUUAUGUCAUUUCAACUAGAACCAGGAACUGGACGAUUAACAAAGUUACGUAGAGUACAAGAAAUUGGUGGCAUGAUAACAAGUCUGUCGUGGCGUUCAUGGUUCUCAAAAAAUGCUCCGUGGCCAGCACUUUUAGUGAGCAGCGCUUGUAAUGCGAUAUUAUUAUAUCACAUCACUGAUAAUCAGGGUUCUUUAUCACUUUGGACUAAAUAUCCAAUAAAACAUAAGCAGUAUUUUGUCAGAUCUACGUUUGGUCCUCAAAUGGAGUCGUGUUUAAUAGCUACCGGUUCAGAGGAUGGUACAAUCCAUUUACUAGAUUCGGCUAGACAGGGCAAGGCAGUAAAAAUUAAUCGACUUGAGGGCCAUGCAACACCAACACUUGCAUUAUGUUUUAAUUACGAUGAAUCUCUUCUUGCAUCUGCAGAUCAUCAAGGGCUUAUUAUUGUGUGGCGUAACCGACAGCGUCAUAUAUAAUUUUUCCAGAAAAGUAUAAAACUCUACUAUGUAAAUAAAUGUGUUACAGAAGUAAUUGUUGUUAAAUAUUUAUAAUACAAUUUAGAAUUAAAAUUU